AUGGGAAGAACGCAAAUAUGGGAAAAACGCAAGUAUGGGAAAAACGCAAGUAUGGGAAAAACGCAAAUAUGGGAAAAACGCAAAUAUGGGAAAAACGCAAGUAUGGGAAAAACGCAAGUAUGGGAAAAACGCAAGUAUGGGAAAAACGCAAGUAUGGGAAAAACGCAAGUAUGGGAACAACGAAAAUAUGGGAACAACGAAAAUAUGGGAACAGCGAAAAUAUGGGAACAACGAAAAUAUGGGAACAACGAAAAUACGGGAAAACGAAAAUACGGGAACAACGCAAAUACGGGAACAACGCAAAUACGGGAACAACGCAAAUACGGGAACAACGCAAAUACGGGAACAACGCAAAUACGGGAAAAACGCAAAUACGGGAAAAACGCAAAUACGGGAAAAACGGAAAUACGGGAAAAACGCAAAUAUGCGAAAAACGCAAAUAUGCGAAAAACGCAAUUAUGCGAAAAACGCAAUUAUGGGAAAACGCAAUUAUGGGAAAAACGCAAUUUUGGGAAAAACGCAAUUAUGGGAAAAACGCAAUUAUGGAAAAAACGCAAUUAUGGAAAAAACGCAAAUAUGGGAAAAACGCAAAUAUGGGAAAAAUGCAAAUGUCUAACGCAAAUAUGGGAAAAACGCAAAUAUGGGAAAAACGCAAAUAUGGGAAAAACGCAAGUAUGGGAAAAACGCAAGUAUGGGAAAAACGCAAGUAUGGGAAAAACGCAAGUAUGGGAAAAACGCAAGUAUGGGAAAAACGCAAGUAUGGGAAAAACGCAAGUAUGGGAAAAACGCAAAUAUGGGAAAAUGCAAACAUGGGAAAAACGCAAACAUGGGAAAAACGCAAAUGUCAAAAGCAAAUAUGGGAAAAACGCAAAUAUGGGAAAAACGCAAAUAUGGGAAAAACGCAAAUAUGGGAAAAACGCAAAUAUUGGAAAAACGCAAAUAUGGGAAAAACGCAAAUAUGGGAAAAACGCAAAUAUGGGAAAAACGCAAAUAUGGGAAAAACGCAAAUGA